UGUUAGUUUUUGACCUUCAUGUUUAUCACCAAACACAAAUCUCUUCACAAAAAUAGCAUUUUGAUUCACCAUACACUUGUUUGUUCCCACCUUCUAUCUCGCACCAACCCUUUCUAACUUUCUCUCUCUUCCUCACUCCUCACGAACCAACAACAUUCUUCAUUUUUUUCUUCCCAUUUUUUAUUUUUUAUUUUUUAUUUUUUUUUUAUAGAUUUGGUAAUGGGAGACCCAUCUAGUAAAUUUUGAACCUUUUUGAGGUUUUAGUUACUGGGUCGGUUAAAAAAAUGGAAUUUGAGAGGAAAAUGAUGGUGGUGGUGGUGGUGUUGGGUUUUGUUUAAGGAUGAGUUUUUGUUAUGACAUGAAAGGUUGUUGUUGUUGGGCUUUGAAUGUUGUUUCAUUGCCUCUAACCAUUGUCAUCGAAUGCCGAAUAUACAAUUUUGCUAUUCGGCAUUCGAUUCAUUCUUCUUCAUUGAAUUCCAACUUUUCUCCAUUCCAAUCACAAACUAUACAACCCCAUCCAAUAAAUAUGUUUAUUAAAAUUUGAUUUUUUUUUUGAAAAUUUUGAAACUUUUUCCUUGUACUUUUUGUUGUGUUGGAUUCUAAUUCAGUAACUAGAAUGAAUUCGGGUGCUGUUUUAGCAUUGCAUCCUGCUGACAAUGUUUUCAGAACAAGGGAGCCUCCUGAUUUUGAGGAGGACUUUGUAGAGAAAGAUCCAACCGGCCGGUACGUUAGGUACAAUGAAAUCUUGGGCAGGGGUGCCUUCAAGACUGUUUAUAGAGCAUUUGAUGAAGUUGAUGGAAUAGAAGUUGCUUGGAACCAAGUUAGGAUUGAUGGACUCUUACAUUCAGUAGAUGAUCUUGCAAAAUUGUAUUCUGAAGUUCAUCUAUUGAAGUCUUUGAAACAUGAAAAUAUCAUUAAGUUCUACAAUUCCUGGAUCGAUGAUAAACAGAAAACUGUUAACAUGAUUACUGAACUCUUCACAUCCGGAAAUUUAAGACUGUACCGUAAAAAGCAUAAAUAUGUCGAAAUGAAAGCCAUUAAAGGUUGGGCAAGGCAGAUUCUUCAAGGCUUAGUAUAUCUUCACGGUCACAAGCCACCGAUUAUUCACAGAGACUUGAAAUGCGACAACAUCUUUGUGAAUGGAAACCAAGGAGAAGUUAAGAUAGGUGAUCUUGGUUUGGCAAUUGUUAUGCAGCAGGAAACCGCUCGGAGUGUUAUCGGGACACCUGAGUUUAUGGCGCCAGAAUUAUAUGAAGAGGAGUACAAUGAACUUGUUGACAUCUAUUCAUUUGGGAUGUCAAUGUUGGAGAUGGUUACUCUUGAGUAUCCUUAUAAUGAAUGCAACAAUCCAGCUCAAAUAUUUAAGAAAGUUACCUCGGGCAUCAAACCUGCUUCCCUUAAUAAGGUGAGUGACCCUCAAAUUAAGGAGUUUAUUGAGAAAUGCCUGGUUCCAGCGACUGAGAGAUUGUCUGCAGAGGAGCUUCUUAAUGAUCCAUUUCUACAAAUUGAGAAUCCAAAGGAUCCAUGUAUUUAUCCUUUACAGUUAGCUAUGAAAACUCCAAGAGCUACAGAUAUACCCAAAUCUGGUACUCCAUCCAUGGACAUUGAUGCUGACUACAAACUGUUUUCGGGAAGUAACUACGCUGAAAGCAGUCAGGGAAGUCCACAUUGUCCUGUUUUUGAAGUCCAAAGGACUAAUAAGAACAACGAGUUUAGGUUAAAAGGGACUAAAAACGAUGAUAACUCGGUGUCAUUGACUUUGCGUAUUGCUGAUACAUGUGGUCGAGUAAGGAAUAUACAUUUUCUCUUUUACCUUGAUACAGAUACCGCAGUCUCCGUGGCAUCGGAAAUGGUUGAACAUUUGGAGCUGGCAGAUCAUGAUGUGGCUUUCAUAGCCGAGCUUAUUGAUUACUUGAUAAUGAAGCUUCUUCCUUGGUGGAAGCCUUCACCUGAUCAUAACUCAACUGGAGAAAUAAGUCUUUGUAGUGGGUCUUCUAAUGUGGAUCGCCAAAUCUUAAUGGCAUGCCAAUGGAGUUCUAUCCUAGAAAGUAUUCCUGCUAAAAGAUUUAAUCGUCAAGACAGCUUUUCCGGGUUUAAUACAAUUCCUAGAGAAGGUUUCGAGACAGUUGGAAAGAGCUGUUUUUUCAAAAACAUCAAUAAAGCUGUGUCGAAUGCUGUCAGUGACUAUAAUCAUCCUUCUCCUUGUUUGGUUAACUCGGAAGAUCGAUAUUCGCGAGGAUCAGGAGCUUCUGAGAUAGCUGUUGACGACACUUCUAUGAAAAAUGAAAAUAGUAAUGACUCCAACAUUAGUAGCUGUUUUAAAUGUCUAAGAAGGUCCAUACCUGGUCUUGAAGUCGGCAAUGCGUACUUCGAAGACUGUAAAUUGCAGGCAGCAGAUUACAAUGUUGGAGAAAGCACUGUGAACUCAGGAUCAUCAAAUGUUAGCUGUUGUUCUGUUUCUUCAACUGAUAAAGAUAUUGAUCUUGAGCUCAAGCUUGAACUUGAUGCAAUUGAGUCACAAUAUCAGCAUUGGAUCGAGGAACUCUCUAGGAUGAAGUUGGAGGCAUUGGAAGCCUCUAGAAGGAGAUGGAUGGCUAAGAAGAAAGUAGCUGUUCAUGAUUGAUUUUGAGAGAUUGUUGAUUAAUUAAUUAACCUCUUUUUUACCCUUGUCAAAGUUGUUUCAUUGUAAAGUUUAUAUAAUUUGUAUAUUGGAUGUGGCUCAUUUUUUGCA